AUGUUGCCACUGUGCAGACGCCUCCUGCCCCUGCUGCUCCUUCUGUACAUUAUCCUGACCAGCGUACCAUGCGCACGAAGCGAAGAUGUUUGUAAAGGCGCAGAGGAAACCUUGAGCAAAUUCUGGGAUACCAUAGACAAGGCAAAGCAUGGAGAUGUCAUCUUAAUAAACAUAAAAAAUUACUACUGCCCAGCAUGCAAUCGGUACAUCGAUGUGUGGAAUAAACUGGAAGAGGAAAUAUCAAAUUAUGAGAGUAAUGUCUCUCUGUUUGUGUUUGACUGCUCAUGCCACUUGUUUGUACCGUACUGCAGAUUUUUUAAGGUUCUUUAUUUCCCCACCUUUCGGCUCCUCUACCCAGUGUAUGAUUACAUGGACAGUAAAGGUGCCGAGUAUAAAUACAUAGCUCCCAAAACAGAAAUGGCCAAUCGACAGUACAACAAAGAGUUGCUUCUUGCCUACAGGGAAGUGGACCGAGUGAAUAACCUUGCAGAGUUCCAAAGAAUGAUUCAGACGCAUUUGUGCAAAAAUGUUAACUUUAAUCACAUCGAUUUGAAAUCCUGUUACGCCGAUGUCGCAACAGUGGAAGAGUCCCCUGAGUAUGCCAUGUUUAUAUCCUCCACCAAUGGGCUCAUAGGGGAAAUCACAGGAAAAGAAGGUGCUAGUGCAAAUCGAAUGGUUGUCGAAAGAUGGCAGGGGACGACCUUUACUAGGGAUGACCUAAAGCACGACAUUGUAAGGGGUAUGCUGUUCACUUUGAAGAAGCACAUUUCAUUAGGGUUAGAUGUGGACAAAUCUACGGUGGAACCUUUUCUCGUUAUGAUACAGAUCGUUUCGGAUAUGUAUCCUGAACUGGCCCAGUGGCUAGGCGACCUUCGUGAGAAGCUGACCUCGCAGAGGUACCCCCUCCGAUAUGAGCAGUGGUCCAAGGUUGUCGACGAGAUUGCAGGGAUGGGGGUCAGCACCACGGUUGGAAGCGCCUUUGGGAUCGAUGCCCGCGCCCCCCUCAGCAAUGAAACCGGUCUGGAGAGCCUUCUCGGUGACACCCCCUGGAGCGAGCCUAAAUUCAAAGUGUGCGAAGAGAACUCCGUCCUCUGCUCCUACUGGCUGCUCUUCCACAAAAUAUCGGUGCACUGUCUCAUGUGGGACAAGGAAAGGUACCACUUCUACAUCAACGCAUUAACGGACUACGUAAGAAAGUAUCUGAACUGCGAAAGUUGCAUACAGCACUUUGUCACCGCACAGGAGUCAUGCUACUAUGGAUUUUGUAACAUGCACUCAGCCGAAUCAUUCGUCAUCUUCCUAUGGAGAAUACACAAUGCAGUUACCUUGCGAUCUAUGUACGAAUCGAUAAUUCAAGAGACACAAGUGCAGGGAGGGCAACCCGAACUCACAGAUGGUAAAACGGAAAGGAAGACAAAAUUUCUCAACCGAGAUCUGGCCUUCCCUCCGGAGAAGCACUGUAAGUUCUGUAGAAGUGGCAUUGGCUUUACAAGAAUUACUCCACCGUUUAUUGCGAAUGCGUUGAAACAGAAAUCGAUUAGUGACGGAGAUUUUGAUGCCAUCGAUGGGUUCAGCGUCCAGCAGGUUUUAAACCACCUCGUUAAGGUGUACUCCUAG